AGUGCCCGGCGCCGUCCACUUCCGGCCGGGCUCCCGGUGGCGCAGGCGGCGAGCGGCGCUCGGGAGGUGCCUGUGUGAUGUCGCAUGCGGAGCGCCUCCUCAUUCAGCGACCAUGAAGGAGACCGACCGUGAGGCUCUUGCAACAGCCGUCCAAAGAGUUGCAGGAAUGCUUCAGCGUCCAGACCAGCUGGACAAGGUGGAGCAAUAUCGGAGGAGGGAGGCCCGGAAGAAGGCUUCUGUGGAGGCCAGGCUGAAGGCUGCGAUCCAGUCCCAGCUGGACGGGGUGCGCACAGGCCUGAGCCAGCUGCACAACGCGCUGAACGACGUCAAGGACAUCCAGCAGUCACUGGCCGACGUCAGCAAGGACUGGAAGCAGAGCAUCAACACCAUCGAGAGUCUGCGGGACGUGAAGGACGCCGUCGUGCAGCACAGCCAGCUGGCCGCGGCGGUGGAGAAUCUCAAGAACAUCUUCUCUGUGCCCGAGAUCGUGAGGGAGACCCAAGACCUGAUCGAGCAGGGAGCCCUCCUGCAGGCUCACCGCAAGCUGAUGGACCUGGAGUGCUCCCGGGACGGGCUGAUGUGUGAACAGUACCGUAUUGACAGCGGAAACACGCGCGACAUGACCCUCAUCCACGGCUACUUUGGCAGUACCCAGGGCCUGUCUGACGAGCUGGCCAAGCAGCUGUGGAUGGUCCUACAGAGGUCGCUGGUCACGGUCCGCCGGGACCCCACCCUCCUGGUCUCUGUGGUCAGGAUCAUCGAACGGGAAGAAAAGAUCGACAGGCGGAUCCUCGACCGGAAGAAGCAAACCGGGUUCGUCCCCCCAGGGAGGCCCAAGAACUGGAAGGAGAAGAUGUUUGCCAUCUUGGACAGGACGGUGACCACCAGGAUCGAGGGCACGCAGGCCGACACCCGGGAGUCGGACAAGAUGUGGCUCGUGCGGCACCUGGAGAUCAUCCGGAAGUACGUCCUGGACGACCUCACGGUGGCCAAGAACCUGAUGGUGCAGUGCUUCCCCCGCCACUACGAGAUCUUCCAGAACCUCCUGCACAUGUACCAGCAGGCGCUGCGCACGCGGAUGCAGGACCUGGCCUCCGAAGACCUGGAGGCCAACGAGAUCGUGAGCCUGCUGACGUGGGUCCUCAACACCUACACCAGGCAUGCGACGGCACCAUCCUCCAAGUCAGAGCCCAUGAGCCUAGAGCAACCUGUGAAGUGUCACCACGGUUUGCUCUUCCUCACCUUCCAAAUGACAGGUGGCUAUAAGCCACGCAGAGUUCGCAUGACGGCCGAGGCGCACCGGCGCGUGGCCGUGGAGUACCUGCGCGCCGUCAUGCAGAAGCGCAUCUGCUUCCGCAGCGCCGAGGAGCGCAAGGAGGGCGCCGAGAAGAUGGUGCGCGAGGCCGAGCAGCUCCGCUUCCUCUUCCGCAAGCUGGCGUCGGGAGUCGGUGAAGACACAGAAGGUCACUGCGACACCAUCAUCGCCGUGGCCGAAGUCAUCAAGCUCACGGACCCUUCUCUGCUCUACCUAGAAGUCUCGACUCUGGUCAGCAGAUACCCAGACAUCAGAGAUGACCACAUCGGUGCCCUGCUGGCGGUGCGAGGAGACGCCAGCCGGGACAUGAAGCAGACCAUCAUGGAGACGCUGGAGCAGGGGCCCACCCAAGCCAGCCCCAACUAUGUGCCCAUCUUCAAGGAGAUCGCUGUGCCCAGUUUGAACGUGAACAUGGCCAAGCUCCUCAAGUGACCCCGCCCUGGGUUUGUGUACACAUGCGUGCGCACGUGAGUGAGACCUGGCGUUCCCGUCCUCAGAGGCAUAUGUACUAAACCAAAACUCUUUCUCGGGGCUGGAGCCACAGCUCAGCAGUUAGGGCGCUUGCCUGCAAAGCCUAUGGCCCCAGGUUCGAUUCCCCAGGACCCACGAAACCCAGAUGCACAAGGUGGCACAUGUGGCUGGAGUUCACUUAGUGGGUAGAGGCCCUG